AUGCUGAAGUUGGACACUUGGAGAGCUUUGCGCACUGCGAAGGCAGACACGAAGGGAUACGGAGGGGUGCCCAGUCCUCCUUCAGGUCUUAAUCGCCCAUAGAAGAGCUGGCAGCGAACAUGCCCAGACCAGUACAUCGUCACUAAGACCGGGAUUCAGCUCUUCGCCUGGUUUAAGCUUGCCAGAAUGAACGAAAACGCAGAUAUCUGCAACCACUGUCGGAACAUGAUCAGGGAGAAGGCAAAAGGAAUGAAGAUGUCAAGACACAUAUCAACAGGACCAAGCUCAUUUAUUCCAGAAAAUGAGAUCAUAGGAGCCAUGCCUCUGAGCGAUUCCACAGUGAUGUUCUUAGACGAAGAGUUCAGCGGCCGCGUGGACAACCUGACGCAGGUGAUGGGGCUCCACCCGCAUUAUCUGCAAGCCUUCCUGCGCUGCCACUAUUACCUCUUGAGGAUGGACGGCCCCCUACCACUCCACUACAGACAUUAUAUUGCUAUAAUGGCUGCAGCGCGGCAUCAGUGUUCAACGCUGGUGUGUCAGCACGUGCAAGAGUUUGAGCAGAUAGGCGUGUGCUCUGAUUGGCUGAGAGGUUUGGAGUUCUGCCCGCAACGACUUCGCAACCUCAACGAGAUUAACAAGAUCCUCGCACACAGACCCUGGCUCAUUACAAAGCAACAUAUACAGGCUCUGGUGAAGACAGGAGAGCACAGCUGGUCUCUGGCAGAGCUGGUUCAUGCUGUUGUACUUUUGGCUCAUUUCCAUGCCUUGGCUAGUUUUGUGUUUGGUAGCGGAGUCAACCCUGACCCUGAGGUCACAGAGGUCAACGGGGUCACGGAUGACGUUUGCCCUCCAGCCAUGGCGGGUUUAUGCACCUGCCACCUAACAAACGGCAACCAAGCCAACGGGAACCCCCUGCAUAACCCUAACACUGGGAGUGAGCUGGAAGCUCUGAUGGAGAGAAUGAAACGAUUGCUGGAGGAGAGAGAAGACGAUGAUGCGUCAGAGGAGGAGAUGUUCACUCGCUUUGAGAAAGAAAAGAAAGAGAGUCUUCUGGUGGUGUCUGCAGGGUUUGAUGAGGAAGUGGUGCCCCCCUCUCCCGUGGCUCGGUUUGUAGACGACCCGUCGUUUGGAUACCAGGACUUUGCACGACACGGAGAAGACAACCCACCCACAUUUAAAGCACAAGACUACUCAUGGGAGGAUCAUGGUUUCUCUCUGGUGAACAGGCUCUACUCUGACAUUGGUCACCUAUUGGAUGAUAAGUUCAGAACGGCAUGUGAUCUGACCUAUUACAACAUGGCCAGUCACGAGGGGGUGGACACCAGCAUGCUGCGCAGGGCUCUAUUCAACUACGUCCAUUGUAUGUAUGGCAUCAGAUAUGAUGAUUAUGAUUACGGUGAGGUGAAUCAGUUGUUGGAGCGCAGUCUGAAGGUUUACAUCAAAACAGUGACAUGUUAUCCAGAGCGAACCACUCGCCGCAUGUACGACAGCUACUGGCACCAGUUCAGACACUCCGAGAAGGUUCAUGUGAAUUUGCUUCUAAUGGAGGCUCGAAUGCAGGCAGAGCUGCUCUAUGCUUUGAGAGCCAUCACUCAUUAUAUGACCUGACCAAUCAGACUUCACCAAUUAUAUGACCUGACCAAUCAGACUUCAUCUUUUAGGUGACCUGACCAAUCGAAUCUCACCCACAAUAUGACCUUUAUUGCUCAUAUGACAUUAUUAUUAUUAUGCCUAAAUUUAACCUAACAUAUAGUUUUGAACUCUUACAAUUGUCUCCAAAAUUGUGUAUACUUUUUCUUGGACUGUUCAAAUCGAUAACUAAAUGAAAGACAUUGUGUACAGAGCAUUCUGGGUAUAAUCACAAACUUUAAAUUGGGCUUUAAGGGCAUGUUCAAAUCAUUCGUCAUCAAGAAUUGUGGGUGGGCAGAAAUGACUUUUGCUGGAUUAAAAUAUAAUCCUUAAUGGUCAGACAAAUCCCCUUGGACUUGACCUGGUCAAUAAGGCGACAUCAUGACUUGACAAAUCACAUUUUAACGUGCAAUACUUUCUCAUUGAAAUCUCACUUAUACUGUAAGCUGAAAUACUGGAGGACUGAGUUCAUAUUUUUGAAACAGGAAGUUGUCAUUUUUUCUUUUUUGCACAUUUGAGAAAAACUGUGUUUUCGAACAGAAUACAGUUUCCUUUUGUAAUAUCAUAAAUGACUAACAGAAUGUGAGAAUUUUUUUUUUUUUUUUUCAAAUCCCUUUUUUCAUUUUCAUGUAUUGUUUAUUUCAUAUUGAAUGUAUUGUUUAGAUUUUUUUGCAGUUUGUUUCUAAACUUUUUCAGAUAAAUUUGGUUUGGUUUAGUUGUUUACCUGGAAACUAAGGCUUUUGUAGCAUUAUUACUGUACUAUCAGUCCUUUACUAUUUCCUUUUAAUCUCAGUGUUAUACUUCAGAUAACAACAAUCUUUUUUUUUUUUAUUAAACGUUACUGCCAGCUGCAAUAGCUCUACUAAUCACAUCUUGUAACUUUAUUUCUGUAUGUGUGAGCGUCUACAUGUAGCGUGUCUUAUUUCUGAAUGUCUGCGUAGGACAAAGUGUUUGCACAUCUGUUGCGCAUCUCUUUGCACUGGUGUGCCUCUGUGAAAGAAAACCGUGCACGAGCGCGAGAGUUCAUACGUGUGAGUGUUGUGUGCAGGAUUGCCUUUAGGGAGCGUCUGAAAACUAACUACUUUUGAUACUAUUACUGUCCAUCAAAGCAUUUCUCAAAGGAUUAUUUAUAUCGCUUUAAGAAUCAUUGCUUCAUAUUUGCACAACUCUAAUCAAGGUGCAGCAUCAGUGUCCUUUAAAAAAUAGAUUAAGAUUGUGUCUGAAAAUAAAUGUAUAAUGAAAAGAUAAGCUUUAUAGAAUGAGACAAAGUGUUGCCAAUCUAAUGGACAGUGCCUUAUUCAUGUUUAGAAACACAGGUCUAGUGAUUUAGUCAUAGGUACACCAGAGAUUGUUACAAAUGUAUCACUGGAGUAGGUGAAACUGUCAUCGAAGUGCCUUUCAAACUUAGCUGUAGGUGUUUCAAAGUGUAUGCAGCAGAUGUGAUGCAGAGUCCUUUAAAAAAAAAUGGGCAUAUGUGUCUGUUGCAUUUCCUACUUGUGUUUAUUCCGAUCAAGGUGAUGCUUUGAAGCUUUCAUGUUCUCCACUCGUAAUAAAUUUAUACAUUUCCAAAAUGGCAGCACUGGAAAUUGUCUCCAGUGGCUAAUUCACAUACCUAUAUGUUUCAAUAAAGGUUCUAAACAAAA